AUGGCCUGCCGGCCGCGAAGUCCCCACGGGUGCGGGAGCCGCCGCAACGGCGACGCCAGCCCGCCGCCCGCCUCAAGAUGGAACCUCGGACGCAAACGCACGGCCGACGGGAGGCGCCGGAAGCCGGAGGACGCUGAGGGCCCCUCGAGGCCGCCGGGCGACCGCAGACCGGACAGCUUUACCACCCCCGAAGGCCCUAAGCCGCGUUCUAGAUGCUCAGACUGGGCAGGUGCAGUGGAAGAAGAUGAAAUGAGGACGAGAGUUAACAACGAAAUCGCGAGAUAUAAAAGGAAACUCCUCAUAAAUGACUUUGGAAGAGAGAGAAAAUCAUCAUCAGGAAGUUCGGAUUCGAAGGAGUCUAUGUCAGCAUUGCCAGCUGACUUAGAGACUGAUGAGAGUGUCCUGAUGAGGAGACAGAAGCAGAUCAACUAUGGGAAGAACACCAUCGCCUACGAUCGCUAUAUUAAAGAGGUCCCAAGGCACCUUCGACAGCCUGGCAUUCAUCCCAAAACGCCCAACAAAUUCAAGAAGUAUAGUCGACGAUCGUGGGACCAGCAGAUCAAGCUCUGGAAGGUGGCUCUGCAUUUCUGGGAUCCUCCAGCGGAAGAAGGGUGUGAUUUGCAAGAAAUACGUCCUGUAGACCUCGGGGAGAUGGAGACGGAAUCUGCGGAGAGCAGCUCUGAGUCCCGGACGAGCUCUCAGGAUAACUUCGACAUGUACUGUGGCACCCCUACGAAAGUUAGGCACGUGGACUGCCAUGCGGGGGAUGAGUUUGACUUGGAAGCCUGUUUAACUGAACCCUUGAAAGACUUCUCAGCCAUGAGCUAA